AUUUAGCCUUUGCUCUUUAUAUUGAUUUGUCAAUUUCUAAGAGUUAAAAAUGGCUUACUUUGUCUUCAACUGGAACAAGAGAGAUUACAUCACCACAGUUCUGUCACUGAUUCUACUGGUACUUACAGUCAAGCAUCAAGAGUUCUUCUUAUGCAGGGAAGUAUCCCUUAACAGAAUUGAGAAGUUUGGUUUGUGGUUAGGCGUGUUAGAGGAACCCAAACCUUGUCCAGGGAUAGUAGAUCUCCACACCAUGGCUAUGGAGAUGGGGAUAUCGACUUUAGCUGUUUUGGCCUCCACUGUAGCACCAAAGGUGAUGACUUGGACCAAAUCUGUGAUUUGUCAAGCUGUGCAGGGAAUGAAGAAUGGCAUCUGGUAUAUAAAGGAUCGCAUAUUUCCUCGAAAACCUGAACAUAAUGUAACUCCGCAGAAAUCAGGGCCCAGGCUACCCCCAGAAACAUUUCUCCCCAAAACAACUACACCCAAAGCCCUCGGAGAGGACCGCCCGGAAUACAAGUAUUAUUUCUUCCGCAAAGCUUACGAGAUGAAGAGGAUUAUACUGUUCAUAAAGAAGGGAGAUCGAUGCGAGGAGGUUUUUGCCUACAGUCCCAGGACCAAGAAAUUCGUGCUGAAAUCCUUCUACCCAAAGCAGCCUUGUUAUUGAGAUUGAUGUAAAAGGAUACCCAGAACAUGUGCAUCCAUCGUCAUUACAGGAACCUUAUGAUAACAAACCGAAAUUUCCCCCCAAAAUUGUGAUAUCUUUUUUACAUCUUUUCUGCAAAGUUAUUUAAAUUCUAUGUUAAAUAGCUUGAAAAUUCAUUAUUUUUUGGUAAAUUAGAUGUCUUUAAAUUCCAUAAAGCAACAUUUUGAUUCUGCACAAAAUAAGAGGUAUGACGGUUUUACAUGCAUAUGUUCAUUUGGUUUAAACAAAAAUUACCGCUGAAAACCCUUUACCAUUGAUUGAUUAUACGAACCGAUAAAAAAAAGUUGCAUGAUAAAUAUUCAAAAGUUCCUUUAGUUCAACAGUAUGAUAAUGUUGUUCAAAUAUAUAGACCCCAUCUCAGAGGUACUUCCGUUGUCCGAUACCCACGUUGCCCUAUACGCACUGUGUCCUCUCUGCCAAUGAGGUAGAGGAGAAUUUAUAUUUCCUGUGAAAGGCUGUACCGCGAUGUCACAGUUAGCCUAUCAGGCCACCAAGUAUCAGAAUUAGUUUUCGAAACUCUAUAGUGAGAAGAUGAAAAACGUUUAUGCUGUGACUAUGUGUACCCAAGAAUUCUCCCGGCUAGAGUUGCACUGUCUACAGAUUUACUAGCAUAAAGUAACCAAUGCGUUUUUAAAACCAGUAACAUUUCUCUCAGUAGCUCCGAAGGAAAUAACUAGUCAAACCUUGAAGGGGACAUUUGUCCGAAAUUUUCAAAACUUAGACAUUUCUUUCCUUGCCGCAUGCUUUAAUUUUUUAGACAUUUUUUGUUCAUAAAUAAACAGUCCUUUGAAUAUUUCUUAAAGCAAUUGUUAAUUGAAGUCCUCAUACAUAUCAUAUCCCAAGGAAACCGCCAUACCUCUUUUAUAUAAUUAUGUUAAAUUCAGAAUGUUUCUUAUUCGUUAUGCAAUAAAAUA